GGCAUUUCCCGAGGAGCCGGAACGCGGCCGGCGCCAGCGCCACCGUCCGGUCCGCGCAUCCUCCCGCCCGCACAGCCGCGCGGCCACUGAGCGUCCCCUGAAAGGCGCUCGGAGCAUCCGGAAUGGGGCUUCGGGCGCUGGGCGCGCUCCGAACCCGACACGCGUGAGAGUCGGAGUGCCGGGAGCCUCCCCGCUGUCCGGAGCCCCCAUCGCCUAGCACCGGGAGAUGAUGGGAAUGCAGCCACCUGGUCCCCAAGGAGCCACCAUACCCGGGACCCCCGGGCAUGGUGCUCACCCAAGCCAGCUGUCCCCGAAGAGGAUGAUAUCCCUUACGCCUAGUCCACACGGUGGGGACAGCGCCACGCGAGCCCUCUAGGCAAUCGCAGAGCCACGCAGCAGCUCCGCCGCAGGUGCCACCUCGGAAACCAUGACCCCCGGCGCGGGCCCAUGGAGCUAUGGCCUAUAGGGUCCUGGGCCGCGCGGGGCCACCUCAGCCGCGGAGAGCGCGCAGGCUGCUCUUCGCCUUCACACUGUCCUUGUCCUGCACUUACCUGUGUUACAGCUUCCUGUGCUGCUGCGACGGUCUGGGCCAGAGCCGCCUGCUCGGCGCGCCGCGCUGCCUCCGCGGCCCCAGCGCAAGCGGCCAGAAACUUCUGGCGAAGUCCCGCCCGUGUGAUCCCCCGGGGCCGACGCCCAGUGAGCCCAGCGCUCCCAGCGCGCCCGCCGCUGCCGCGCCAGCACCGCGCCUCUCCGGAUCCAACCACUCUGGCUCCCCGAAGCCAGGCACCAAACGGCUGCCCCAAGCCCUCAUUGUGGGCGUUAAGAAAGGUGGUACCCGAGCAGUGCUGGAGUUUAUCCGAGUGCACCCGGACGUUCGAGCCCUGGGCACCGAGCCCCACUUCUUCGACAGGAAUUACGGCCGAGGGCUGGACUGGUACAGGACCCUCACCCUCCCUGACCAGCCCGCUACAGCUGUCAUUGCCUGUAUGAUCAUGGAAAUAUUUGAGCUAGCAAACCUGACUUUUACCGGUAGGUGGUGGCUACUCUGCUGAGAAGGAGGGAGCACCCCUGUGUCGCACAAGGUCACACCAUGUCUUGAAGUCCCAAACAUGAAUCUGCUCUCUUGACUAACCCUGAGGCUCAAACCAUGGGACUCAUAACUUAUGAAAGUCAAAAUGGGGAAGAAGUAUUUUAUUUUAAUUUGAUGUUUUGAGGUAAUUGCUCACUAUGUAGCUCAAGAUAACCUGAAACUCAUUUAGAUAGCCCAGGCUAGCCUCAAACUUUUGAUCCUCUUAGCUCUGCCUUCUCAGCGUUGGGCUUAUGGAUAUGUAUCACCAUGGUCAGCUAAAAGAGCUAUUUAUAUAAAGCCUUCAAGAGCUAGCUGUGCUUGUGACCUCAGCCCUUGGGAAGCUGAGACAGGGGGAUUGUGAGUUGCAAGCUAUCCUGGGAUACACAGUGAAAUCUUAUCUCAAUAAAAGAAAAAAAAAGGAAGAUGGAGGAAAGGAUGGAGAAAGGAAGAAAGAAAAGAAGGGGGAAGGAAGUAAAGAGGAGCUUUUGAGGUAGCAGAAUGGAGUUCAAAGCCUGAUCUCAUUGUUCCUUCAGAAAACACCAUGCCUGUGGCUGGACUCCCUCAAGUCUGGAAGCAGAAUCUAUUCCUUAGACCAUGAGAUGGAAAAGUUGGAGGCUAACAUAACCUCUAAAACAGCAAAUUCAAAGCCUGGAACACAAUAGAUAUUUAAAUAUUCAUUAAGUUUCAUCUCAAUUUAGUGGUCAGUGUCUUGGACCAUUUUCUGUUGACCUCUACUACAUACCCAUCAGGAAAUGUUAGGGGACAGAGAGCCCAGGCUGGAAGAGAGAACUGGGAGAGGGAUGCUUUUGUCUUGGCACAGCUAAUUUUGAGCAUAUAGUCACUCUCUUUGAGACAAACUUCUUAUUUAAAAAUGUAUUCACUAGCUCUGUGAGAGUUAUCCAAGUCUUGUUGGAUUAAGAGGCCAUGUGCUCUAGUUGGCCCUGGUACAACAAACCACUGGGACACUUAAAGUAGUCGCCAGACCUUUCGUCUAACUACUCUCCACGGUGUUGGUUUGGUUUGAAGUCGCCUGGAUGGUUCUUCCAGUCUGGGUCAGACUUAGAUGAACUCAGUGGGAUUCAUCCCUGCAUCUGUAGCCAUCUUGUAGGUCUGACAUGUGGACUGGCUAACGUGUGGAGGCUUGGUCUAGAAAUCGUAACAGUCAUCUCUCCACAUGGUCAACCAUUCUCCAGUAAGAUGUUGGUCUCCUACUCAAUGGUAGCCGAAAGGUCCAGGGUCCACAGGAGUGUGAGCAUUGGCACCCACGAGUGUUUCAAGUGUGUGCAUAUGUUCCAUGUGUAAUCUGUUGGUCAAGUCACGAGGCCAAGGUUUGAGUCAGUGUCAGAAGGCACCACCAGGAAGGUCUGGAGAGAAAGGGAUUUCUUUAGAUACUUUUGCAAGUGAUAGACCCUAUUACAACUGUAAGCUAAAUUAAGAAACGUCUAGAACUCAGCAGUGAGUUGUCCUCCUCCAAACACUGCUUGCAAAUUUGGGGACUGGUAAGGAGUUUGCUCCUGAAAGACCUAAACUGAGCUCUUCUCCAGCCUACAUACAGAGAUUGUCACCUGAGUCCUCCGAGCCUUGCUUCCCUGUGUGACCUGACUUGACCACAGCAGCUUAGGCAGCAGCCCCAUAUGGCUGCAAGUCUGUGUCUCUAGAACACCAGACUCUGCCAGUGCCAUAUGCUGUCUGGGAAAAACCAUUGCUCAUGGAGGCAUCGAUGCUGAGAACUGGCAGAGACAUCUGCUGGGGCUGGAACCUGUCAUGGUCCAGACGAGUACCAGGGCCCGGUAUACCUCCAGGCCCAUGGGAAGCUAAGACAGCUGAACUAAUGGCUGGUCUCCUGGCUCUCCUGGCAUCUCUCUUCUGGAUCCUGGUUCUGUCACUGGUUCCAAAAGCAGCCAGCGUUCUGUGCCUCUGGACUUCUCAGAACUUAAACCCUGAGACUUUGCAAGGGUGUGAGUAGAUUGGGACCUGCCUGCUCCUUCUCCACUACAGGAAUACACUAGGGGCUAUACCAUCCUGUCUGCCAGGGCCUUCAAGAUCUGGCUUACUCCAGUGGGGUGAACUCCUAACUGCAAGGAAGCAUGGAAUUUAAGGGUCAUACCAAAUUGUAUGGAAGAGGCUGGGAGUCAAGCCUGCAGAGACAAGUCUGCUUGAGGCAGCCAUCAGCACUGAGAGAGCACUUAUUAUAUACCUAGAACUAAGUACUGAACCCUAUGAGGUCUGUAUUACUAGUAAUAUUAUCAUUAUCAUUAUAAUUAUCAUUUUAUUAAUUAUUCUUUAAGGAGCUGGGGGCUCACAUAAGGAGAUUAUGCUGACGGUCCAUCCAUGUGCCUCACUCCAGGGAUCACACCCUUUAUUUUUUGACACCAAGUCACUAAAGAUAGGGAGGCUGGUAUAGCCAUUAAAAGUAUGAAUACUUGGGUGUUGACUGAAAAUUCAAUGCCAGUGCUAUGCCAUUCUACCUAGACAACCCCAAAUCCAGGCUCUGCUUUCUGAGCAGCUAACCAGUUUGAACUAUUGCCUUCUUGAAUUCCUAUGAAUCUACCGUGUGUUUUGGUGCCCUUGCAGAUCAUCUCUAGAGACCCCUAGAUGACCUUCAGGAAAGACUUUGUUGUAAUGAGCUCUCGUGUCUUUGAAAGCAGUUGAGCCCCUUUGUGGACUGUGUUCUUGCCAGUUGUCCUGUGUCCUUGGAAGGGCACAGACAUAUGGCAGAUGAGUCAUGGAUUUCAACACCCUUUGCAGGGUUGGCAGCCCUGUUGGGAAGCCACCCCAGGGACCUGACAUUGUGAACACAUGGCCCAAGUGAUUUGGCCCCAUUUUGCAUGAGAUUAACUGUGCGUGAGGUGUGAUGAGGGUCGGAGAGUGACUUGGGGCUAAUGAGCUGAGUUCAGGGCGGUGUUAAUGUGGCUGCACACACAGCAGGCAUUUCCAUCCAUCAGUCUAUCGGCCCCGCUGCAGAUGCUGUGGUGUAAAUUAAUCUGAAAGUUGCAACUCCACCACUGAAUCCUUCCUUCAGACCCGUCUGUAUCUGAAAUCUUCCUCUGAAUUCCUGAGGAGGAUAAGGCAGUCCACUGGCCUCCUCCCUUCAUGGAGGCCAUGGAUGGAAUUCUCUAUGAUCUUGAUCCCCAGAAAAAGCUCAGUGCCCAUUGGCCUAGGAAGAAACCCCUAAUCUUCAGCCAGGGACUGUGUGAACCAUGGUGAUGAAAACUAGGAAACCUCUAGUGGCCCACAAAGUUCUGUGAGGAAUGGAGUCCAGCCUGUGGGAAGGUUAAGAACUCUCAGCUAAGGUAGGUAUUAGAGAGCAGUCAAAUGACUUAAGAAAUCACUCACAUUUGCUAAGUGCUCUAUCUCAGUUUGUAUGUUCAGAGAUGGCAUAGAAAUCAAACCUAGUUAACCCCAGAGUCCCUAACAUUUGAGUAGGAAUGCUAAUGGAAGUAAAUUGCUUUUCCCUGAGAUCUCAAGAUGUAGAUAGUAUGUAAUAAAAGUAUGGAUGGACAUCUCUGCCAAACAUACCAGGAAGUAGUCUUAAACGUAAGGCCAAGACACAGAGCACAGCAGAACCAGCCAGGCCUGGUGCCACAUGCCUACAAUGCCAGCACUCAGGCCAAGGCACUACGUGGUCCUCUCACUUCUCCUUCUAUGUGGGGCUAGUAUAGACCCCAGAGCCUAGCUCUUAGUAAGCAGGUGAAAGACUUUCUCAGUGGCAAGCUGAUCAUGCCCCCUUACUGGCUGGUUCAGACACUGGUACUGUUGGGAAAAGACACAGUAGAAUCCAUGUUAAAACAGCAAAUGAUCACAAGUUCAGAAGCUGUUUAGGCUAUGUAGUGAGUUCAAGGCCAGUCAUAGCAACAUAGAGAGAAUGUAUGUCAAACUAAAACAGAUCUGGCUUGGGGUACAGCUCAGCAUUUGUUGAGCAUGUGCGAGGCCCCAGGGUUACACACCAGACACUAUACAAAAAAAUGAGGGGGGAAAGGAAGAGGAGAAGAAGGGGAGAGACCUGCUAACUGAUAAAGACAGAGGUUACUAAGGACGUGAUUUGAUCCCUGGCUCCAAAGGAGCCUGAGACUAAAUGGAUCCCUGGACUUUCCCGAGCAUAUGUGACAAUCAACCCUAUUAUUAGUCACUUGUGACCACACAGCUAAUCUCAGCUAUAACUAGUUGUUAGCAACUCCUAGUUCUAUGGUCUUGGGGGAGUAUUUAAAUUCACUUUUUGAAAAACUUCUAUAAUUCUAGUACGUGUCUUGUGUGGCUGCUGAGAAGACUGGCAAGGACACCUAUAAAUGUGCCUGAACACUGCUUGACUUGAACGUAUUCUCCAUGACACAACCA